AUGUCCAACGCACCAGCACCACAGGAGCUGUACUUGAUGCCUGAGGGCGUCCCAAAAGCCAUAGAGAUCAAAGACACCAAAAUCCCGAACGCUGCUACAUUCCAUAUCGAGAAGGAGGACCACACUCUAGGGAACUUACUACGCAUGGAAUUGUUGAACAACCGGAAAGUGCUGUUCGCUGGAUAUAGGAUGCCCCAUCCAUUGGAUCACUCUAUUGAUCUGAAGGUGCAAACGACGCCAGAAACAUCACCGUUGCAAGUGAUGCAGGAAGAUAUAAAUGGAGUUAUCAAGCAAAUAUCACAAAUCAAGAGGAAGUUCGAGAGCGAAGUGGAGUCCUAUACGCAGAGCAAAGCUGGGUCGACGAACGGCGCUUUCCGUGUGGAUCGAGCAUAUUUAUGA